AUGACGCCAGUGUGGGGUGAGGUGGUCCUGGCCUCUGCCAAAGUGUCUGGAGGUAGCUGGUCCUUCGUGAUGGGCUGCGGGGCUCCCAGCCGUGAUGCCCGGCAUCCCUCGGCCCCCGUGCCCGGCUGUGGGGGCCCGGCCGGGCCGGGCGGGUUCCCCGGGCAACGGCGGCCGAGCGACGUCAGCGGCCGGCGGGGCCGGGAGCGGCGGGCGGGCGGCAGCGCCUCUGCAGCCGCGGCGGGGCCGGGGCAUGAGGUGCGCAUGGAGCCGGGAAACCUCUCCCGGGGCAGCGGCGGCGGCAACGAGAGCGGCGGGGCUGCGGCGGCGGCGGGGCUGGCCGGGUGGUCGGCGGCGGCGCUGGCCUCGCAGGCGGCCGCGCUGCUGCUCAUCUUCGCCCUGUCGGCGCUGGGCAACGGGGCGGUGCUGCUGGUGAUCGCCCGGCACCGGCAGCUCCGCACGGUCACCAACGCCUUCGUGCUGUCGCUGUCUCUGUCGGAGCUGCUGGGCGCCCUGCUCUGCCUGCCCCUGGCCUUCCUCAGCCUGCUCAGCCGCCCGCCCGGCGCUUGGCUCUUCGGGCAGCGCCUGUGCCUGGCCAGCGCCGCCCUGCACGCCGGGCUGGGCAUCGCCGCCACGCUCACCAUGGCCCUGCUCUCCUUCGACCGCUACUGUGCCAUCGUGCGCCAGCCCCGGCACAAGAUGGGCCGCCGCCGCGCUGCCCAGCUGCUGGCGGCCGUCUGGCUGUGCGCCCUGGCGCUGGCCGGGCCCUGGUACGGGCUGGCGGGCGAGGGGCAUCGCGAAGCCCGUCCCGGCGCCUACCGCUGCGUCUACGUGCUGCCCUGGGGCUCCUCGCGGCUGGGGCCGCCCUACGGCGCGGCCCUCAUCGUGCUCUGCUACCUCCUGCCCUUUGCCGUCAUGUGCUUCUGCCACUUCAACAUCUGCCGGGCGGUGCGCCUGGCCGAGAGCCGCGUGCGGCCCCUCACCACCUACGGGCACCUGCUGCGCGCCUACGGGGAGAUGCGCACGGCCACCACCGUCCUCAUCAUGAUCGUCUCCAUCAUCUGCUGCUGGGGACCCUACUGCAUCCUGGGGCUCGCCGCCGCCGCCGGCCACCUGCCCUUCUCUCCCACCAUGGACGCCGUGGCCAGCGGGAUGGCCUGGGCCAACGGUGCCAUCAACCCCCUCAUCUACGCCGCCCGCAACCCCAACAUCUCCGUGCUGCUGCGGCGCAGCCGGGAGGGGGGCUACAGGACUCGCAACAACAUGGUCGCCUACCUGUCGGUCCCGGGCCACCAGCCGGAGCCCCGCAGCCGGGCUGACCGUGUCCGGGAACGCUACAUCAAUCGGCACAGCGGCCCCCCCGGCAGCGCCCUGUCCUCCUCUAGCCCGGCGAGCGGGGGAGAGGUGGCCAUGUGGGCCUGCAAGACUCCUGCUGUGCUCUUCUGUCGGGAUGGGCAGCCGGACACCAUUUCUGAAGCCACCUUGAAGACCAAAGCAGGCACCAUCGACACCAGCCUCUGAAAGGACAGAGGUCCGGGAUGGAGGCAUUAGGUCCCGGGGCUGUCUCCUUGAGGAAAGGCGGGGAGAGUCCCAGUGCUUGGAGCCCUUUGCAGCCAGACUACCAGGAAACUGGAGAGAUGGGACUGCGCACGAGCCAUAGUGUGGUUUCUUCUCCAUUGUGUGAGCUCUGGUUUGGUGGCCCAGACUGCGAGCAGCGAGAGCUCCACAGGGAAAGGAAGCCUUUUCCUUUCAGCAGGCCUCAUGCACUGGUGACAGCCUCCGAGCCCAGCCAACACAAGAGUUUGACUGCAAGAACAAAACAGUGUUUGCUCCAGUCCUGCAGAAAGUGCCACAGUGAAGCUCAGAGGCCAACACACCACUGCAGCCCAAACUGACUGACUGACUGUGUGAGCUGUUUGUUAAGUGCCAAAAAAGCUGUUGAAAGCUGAGCACUGGCAGCUGGAAGGCACUCUGAAAAUAUCACACUGUGAAAAAUGCAUCAUGGCAGGAUAAUGUUGCUUUAACCCAUUAUAUGUGGAAGUGCCAAUAGUUAUAAAGUCAUGUAAGACUGUAAGACAGGCUAAAAAAGGGAUCUAUUAAGGUUAUUUUUUUUAAAAUUUAAACUCUGAAGCGUAAAAAACCAGUAAUUUUGAAAGGGAAGAUGUAUGAUACUGGGAGGGAGGGAAAGGAAGAUGAAACCUCAGUUGUCAGAAUUUCAGUGGCCUUUUCUGGUUUUUUUGCAGGUAUUUUUUUUAAAUACUGUGAAUAUGAGAAACAUGAGUUCCUCAGACAGACUGAGGAAAAAUGUGUGACCACAGACUGUGGUGUCACUGAGUUUGUGCUCAAAGGUGUGUGUUUUCUUUUUGAACUCACCUGAAGUGUCUCUUGUCUCUAAGCGUUUAACUGUGUUUAGAGAAGCUGUGUGGGAGAGGUAUCUGAAAGGAGAGGUAAAGCAAUACCAUGUGCUCCCUGUGUGCUCUUCAGCAUGUGAAAAAUCUGUAUAUGCAGAGAACAGGUAUUAUUGUAUUGAUGGCAGCAAUCCAUUGGAGUAUAAUAUAUAAAAACCACCUCUGUUUGGUGUUGAAAAGGAAGGAAAAUAACACAAUAGAAGUGUAUGGCAUGAAUUUGUAUUAAUUUAUCAGUGUAAUCUUUUUGUUCGAAGGCCUAAAGCCUUAAACUAGUAUUUUGAAUCAGAAACUAAGAUUGGGCCUUCCUUUGUUUUUGCCACAGUUAAGUGUGAGAGGUGGGCAGUGUUUUUCCGUGUACAGGCUUUAAAAAUACAAUGUUUCAGUUUUACCGGAUUUUUCAACUGUUUGUGACGCAAGUAAACACACUGUCAUUAUUUUGUGAGACAAGAAAUAAAUUGUCUUUUAUGCAGGACAUGAAAAUGUCUCAGCCUGUCAUGAUUCUCAGGCCAGCCUUGAGAAGGGAACUCCUCUGAAAAAUUACCAGAUGAAUGAUAGUAGAGAGACAUAGUUGUUUGUGAAAUUUUAG